CACCCACUCAGAGGGAUGGGAUUUAGGACCCGGGCUUUUGCACACUUGUGGAGUGAACCAGCUCUGGUCUUGUUCUAUGACCUCAGUCUAGGCAACAUGCUUCUGGUUUUAAAAUCCGGGGGCGAACCCGAAGGUGUGUUCUAAGAUUGCGAGAGGCUCUUCCCAGGUGCACGCUGUCCCUUCUGAUUUGAACACAAAUAGCUUCUGUUUCCCCCUCUACCCUCCCUUCUCCAUCAUAGACACGCUCCUUUUUUUCUCCCCACCCGGAGCAUAACCAAUUCGACCCCCUGUGGAGGAAGGACUUGAUCCCGCUGCGGAAGGCAUCCUUCUUCUCUCUACGCCACUAAGGUCUCCUCCACCCUUCACUACUCUACCCGAAUGACCUGUCCUUCCCGGCCACCCUAGCGCCCAGGGCUGGGGAGAGGAGCCCUCACACUCCGCUUUGCAGCGCCUGUCUUCUGCAGAGCCCACGCACUGGGACGCUGUGGGGAGUACGACAUGCUGCUGGGGCGAGAUCCCCAGUGCCAGGCAGUGCUGCCGGCUCUGCUCGGGUGACAGGCUUCCCAUUCUUUUUCGUCUCCAAGCAUCCUUCCUGCACACCGCUGUCGCCUAUUUCUCCCUCGCACUCUCCCGCGCGUAAGGGGACCUCCUCGGGGACCAGAUCUAGGCGAGGUUGCGACCCGACCCCAAGCCUAGCAGCAUGUGGAACGCGACGCCCAGCGAGGAGCCGGAGCCUAACGUCACUCUGGACCUGGACUGGGACGCUUCCCCCGGCAACGACUCGAUGACGGACGAGCUGCUGCCGCUGUUCCCCGCGCCGCUGCUGGCGGGCGUCACGGCCACCUGCGUGGCGCUCUUUGUGGUGGGCAUCUCGGGCAACCUGCUCACCAUGCUGGUGGUGUCCCGCUUCCGCGAGCUGCGCACCACCACCAACCUCUACCUGUCCAGCAUGGCCUUCUCCGACCUGCUCAUCUUCCUGUGCAUGCCGCUGGACCUCGUCCGCCUCUGGCAGUACCGGCCCUGGAACUUUGGCGACCUGCUCUGCAAACUCUUCCAGUUCGUCAGCGAGAGCUGCACCUACGCCACGGUCCUCACCAUCACCGCGCUGAGCGUCGAGCGCUACUUCGCCAUCUGCUUCCCGCUGCGGGCCAAGGUGGUGGUCACCAAGGGCCGCGUGAAGCUGGUCAUCCUUGUCAUCUGGGCCGUGGCCUUCUGCAGCGCGGGGCCCAUCUUCGUGCUGGUGGGCGUGGAGCACGAGAACGGGACCGACCCUCGGGACACCAACGAGUGCCGCGCCACUGAGUUCGCGGUGCGCUCUGGGCUGCUCACGGUCAUGGUGUGGGUGUCCAGCGUCUUCUUCUUCCUGCCGGUCUUCUGCCUCACCGUGCUCUACAGUCUCAUCGGGAGGAAGCUGUGGCGGAGGCGCGGCGAUGCGGCGGUGGGCGCCUCACUCAGGGACCAGAACCACAAGCAGACGGUGAAGAUGCUUGCUGUGGUGGUGUUUGCCUUCAUCCUCUGCUGGCUGCCCUUCCAUGUGGGAAGAUACCUGUUUUCCAAGUCCUUCGAGCCGGGCUCUCUGGAGAUUGCUCAGAUCAGCCAGUACUGCAACCUUGUGUCCUUCGUCCUCUUCUACCUCAGCGCUGCCAUCAACCCCAUUCUGUACAACAUCAUGUCCAAGAAGUACCGGGUGGCAGUGUUCAAGCUUCUGGGGUUUGAAUCCUUCUCGCAGAGAAAGCUCUCCACUCUGAAGGAUGAAAGCUCUCGGGCCUGGGCAAAGUCGAGCACCAACACAUGACAGCACAUCGAAGCUUCAGUCAUUGCUUACUGCUCCAUACCAGAAGCCAUAGCCAAGCAGGACUUGGGAGGAAGCGGAAAGUCAGUUUAGGAUUAGAGACACAUGGAUCUGGAAACAAUUGGGGGCGGGCAGUAAAGCCAGAAGGGUAGGGUCUGUGCAGUUUGAGCUGAUUGUGCACUCAUCAGAGUGCUCAUGUGCCAUCCCUGCACACUGUCUCUAUGAUUUGGACAGCUUUUCCACUCAGAGGAAGGAGGAGACAAGACUGGGCACCGGCUUUCCUUCUUAGUGGGUAAACACUAACCUCAUUUGCUUUUCUCAUCAUCAUAAAAAUGAAAUAACAUCACACACAACUUUAGACAUGACUUUUCAAAGCUAGCAAUCUCCACAAAGCUCCACAACAUUCACCCAAAGCACCAUAACAUAAGGCACACAUGUGAUCAAUAUGAAACGAUUGAGAAAUCUCCAUUCUCCCCGCCCCCACAGUAAUUCUGAAACCUAGUAUGCUCCUUACCAAGCAGCCCGCUUGAAGUUGAACAGUUAGUUCCAUUAGUAAUAUUUGAUGUAUUUAAUUUGAUCAUAGAAAAACUGAUUCAACAGCUUAAAUUUCAUGAGUACAAUGAAAGCUUUUAAGUAACAUAAUUUACUGUUUUUUUUUUAAUUCAAAGUUAAUUAAAAUAAGCAAUUCAGUUCUUCAGUUGUAGUAGGUACAUUUCAAGUGUUCAAUAGACCAAUGUGGCUAGUGGUUAUCAUACCAAGCAGACACUCCAGAGUGCAUGAAACAUAAUUAUUAAUCUCAUAUAAAAUGUUUAAAAAUAAGCACCUGUCCCUGUCAAAUGUUUUUAAAUAGUAUAUUAGUAUAGCAGGAUUUUAGAGUAACAAAUGUUAAGGUCACACCUAAUGCUCUAUCUUCAUGGUGGAAGAGAAUGGAAUACAUUUUAAAAUUAAAUCACAUGUUUUAAAAUAAGUUUAAUUGCAUGCAUCAAUUCAGGAAGUGAAAUAUUGUAAAAAACCAUAGACUGCCUUCUUUGACUUAAUAUGUAAGCUAAUUAUAAGCCUUUCAUUUGUGGAUAGGUAAUUAUCAUUUAUUCUGGCCAGCUUAUAGUAACCUAAAGAGUAUCAAAAACUUUCAAAUAGUGAAGGCAGGCUCAUAAUUUCCCCAACAUUUAUGCUUAUUUCUACUAAAAAUUUAUUUAAAAAUUUCAAUCGUUUCUUUCAACUUGUUCCUGCCAUGUCCUAUCUCCAAGGUGGUCUUGCUAUUAACACCUCGCUGCUCAGUGAUAGACACAGUCAAUGUAUUUCUAGUUUCAUUCUUAGUCAUAAUUAUGAAUGAGUACACCUUUCAAUAAAUACUGUGCAUUUUAGCUAUAAAGAUUAAAUUUCAUUUCUAAAGACACUACUUUCUAUAUGGUCAGCUGGAUGAUCUCAGUCCAUCCUUCCAGAAUGAUUGCUUCCAUUCUUCUGUGACUACUGUCAAGUGAGCAGCUCCUAUGGAAGGACUGGUUAGGCCAUUUAAGGAAGUUAAUGUCUUGCACUUAAAAGAAAAGGUUAUUAUGCUGAAGUAAUGGAGUGCCUACUUGCUUUGGAAACAUCAAAAAACAAGCAUAAUUAGAAUUACUUUUAAAGAAAUAUUUCUGAAACCCAUGUGGACAUGCAACUCACUCUAAACACCUCACGUUACCAAGUUGACUGUUGAGUUAAUUCUUAGGAGUGCAUCAGCGAGCACACACUGAUGCAUUCAGUUCCAUGAGAUACUGAUUAGUGCAUUUAGCACCCAUCUCCUCAAUAGCGCUCAGUAAAUUAAAAAGAGGGAUUUCAGCUUCCUGACACAGUUUCUCUAUAAAUACACCACACUUGAGAGGAAACAAGUUUUCAAAAAAGAAUGUUUAUCACUGUUUUGGAGUGAAACAAGCCUGAUGAGUUGCUUAGUUUCUUCAGUGGUCCCAUCUCUGUGCUCUAUGACGGGCGUCUUCAACUCACAUCUGAGGAGUGGACUACAGAGCAAGGGCCACUGUGUUUCCCACUGGUUCACCUGGGAAGUGAAAAUCCUUUAUUUAGAGAAAGGAAUCUUUAAUUUGUCCACUCCAAUCAUUACUUUCUUUUGUUACUUGCAAGUUCUUUAUGUUAUUACAUUCUAUGUAUCGUUCAAGACUCAGGGCAAAAGAAAACUACCCUGGAGAAAGUUGUGUGGGAAAGCCUACCGUUUCCCACACUUGGUACGUGCCCUCUAUGUCUGAGCUCUGAGAAAUUAACAAGCCAAAGAUUUUCUUAUUCUUAGUGAUUUCACAAUCAUCUGCAUGUUGUGCUGUGGGUAAUGGAUAAAGAGAUUUGAAUUAUGAAGUAGAUAUCUCUAGUAGGCAAAUAUCAAAGUCCCCACCACAGGACUGCAAUGGGCCGUUCAUCACACUGAGGUACUGUGUUCUUGGCUCCAAGUAUGUUUGAAUGGGCUGGCACUACAAUAUUUGUAGACGGAGCUGAUGUGUCUGCUGGUGGGAACCAUGCUGAGGCAUUCAGAAAGGCAAGAAGCACGCUUCUCUUUUUGGUCCUGGUUUCCAUGGCCCUGGUUACCCAGCAGUCAGCUUUCUGCCACACUUGGGCAGUGUCCAAGUCAAGGUCAUUGUCUUCAGUAUAGGACGAAACUGCUAUAUGAGCAGGAGCUUUCUAAAUAAUCACUUUAAACAUUCAUGCCCAUCAAUUAUUUUAAAUUGGAAGUUCUAUCAGGGUGUGGUGGUGCAUAUUCAUAACCCCAGCUCCAGGAAGCUGAGGCAGGAGGAUUACCACUAGUUCAAGGUCUGCCAGAGUUGUCUAGUGAGUUCCAUCACAGCCUGGGAUGCAGAGUGAUGCAUUUCAACAACAACAACAAAAAACAAAUAUUAAUGUUUAAAACCUGUGAUGAGGAAGUUUAGAAAGACCAGUGCAGCCUCCAGCUAGGAAAAACACUCCACAGUGACCUUCGGGUGCAGAGGUGGCUGAGGUGACGAGAUCACACUCAAUCUGGUGUUUUUUUCUUCAUGCAAAUACUUUUGUUAACUACUUAAGAUAGUGACAAUUUUGGGUUCAACAUGAACAGUUUUAGCUCAUCUUUUUUUAUUUAUCCAUAUACUUGAAUUUAAUAUUUUAAAAAACUGUGAGAUUUUGUGCAAGACUGGUGCCUACACUCUUUUGUCUUUUAAAGAACAGUGUGUACCUCUUUAAAACAUUGCGUAAUAUUUACAUAUGCAAGAUGUGCUGGUCACCAUGUGUAAGCUAAUAGUCAUUCUGUUAUCAGAACCACUGUAUCUAGUGUAAACAACAGCAUUCAAAGAAAGAGGUGAUGUCCUUGAAGACACCACGUCUAACAUGGUGGUUAGCUAAUGGGUCCCCUGUGAUUUCUCUGCAGCUUAAACUGUGACAGUAGCUGGCACGUACAACGACAAGCUGCAGAGAUGAUUGGUGACAAAUGGUCGCUGAGUCAACUGGGAACCUAAUGUUCAUUAAUUUACUUAUUUUUUAACAGAAAAUAAACUGCUAUUCAAAUCAACAGAAAGCUGCACAGUCUGCAUCCUGAGCAACAGACUCCCAGCAUUAAGCUCAUGUCACUUCCCAAUCAGACUUCCUCCGAUCCAGUCAUCCAGUCCUUUGCAAUAAUCUAAAUGUGAAGCAGUUGAGGAGGAGGGGUCUGCUGGGGCUUAUUUUUGUGGAUUUCCUACUGAACUCAGACUUUUUCAGGAUGCUGGAGGCUAGCUAAUGAGGCCAACAUCAUCGUCUUGUUUUAAAUGGUCUGUGUUUAUGCCUCUGCUAUUGUUUACCUACUUACUGGAAUUUCCAUAAAUAUGUCAUGCCUUUAUGGUACAUACCUUUGCUCAAAGGACUGACUGCCAGCUACUCCCAAAUCUGGCAAAAAAGGAAAAAACCUCUACCGUAAGAAAAUGUUCCUCAUGAAAAUGGCCAGAAAGUUCUGCCAAAAUAUCACAAAUGUCCUCUCUAGGCCCCUCUCCCCGGCCCCCACCAGACAUAGAAAGCACUCGGGGGAAACAGCUUGAAAGAUACCCAUGGUUUUAACAACUCAAACCCAAAUCACAGAUGUAGCUCAAUCCACAAAAAUAUUUGUAAUUUUCACAUUUAGUGUAGUGGAUUUAAUGUACUAGAAAACACUUGUUGGUGUGACUAUUGCUAAACACUGUAGCGUUAUCAGUAAAAUAUGAUAUCCUAGACACUACUGUACUUGGUCCCUGUAUGUCACCACAGCAUACCAGAAAUGUCACUGGGGGUAUUUUGGCUUCUUUCUUCGAAGGUUUUUGUACAUGUUAGCUAAGACUUCGCUGUAGCUCUCAUAUAUCUGUCUCACAGAAUUUGCAAUCCCUUUCCUUGGAUAUAAUAACCAAUAACUGCUUAAUAAAAUAUCUUUUUAAAGCA